AUGUCUCGAGAUUUGACGCGUCUGGUAGAUGAGAUCGAACGGAUCGUGACCGCUCCUUACGUGCCGUCGCUGCAGGAUCUAUACGAGCUAGUUCGGAACGAUUUUUCGUCUAUACUGAAGUGCUGGGCUCUUCAGAAGCCUUGCCAGAUUGGACUACUGGCCGAUGUGCUAGUAGAAGGCCUUUCGCGAUCGAGAAUCGCUCUUCCUCUGCUUUCCAUCUUUGCUUCCAAGGUCAGCUUUCGAGAUGCAAUUCUACUACGUCAUCCAGGGAUCUUGGAUGCUCUUCUGGAGAAGGCCGUUGAUAAUGGCGAAUCCGAGUGUCAGCUGGCAUGUAUCUCACUGCUCUCCAAUCCAUUCCCAGUGGGCGUUGUGCCUCCUGCUCGCCUUGCCAACCUUAUCACCAGUCUUGUGUCCACAAUGGCCAGCAAUCCAAGUGCACAAACAACUGCUCCUUUACACAGCCUAAUGAAAGGCCUUCAAGGGUGCUCACUCCUCCAACAUGAAGUGCCGACUGAAGUUAUGUCUAAUUUGCAGGUUGAGUUCACUAAGACUCUGCGCAACCUGGACGACCAUAUGGGCAAUCUAUUGUGCCUAGCAACUUUUUCACGCAUUGCAUCAACCCCAAACAAUGACCUUACUAACAAACACGGACCAGAAGUCCCACCUUGGCUUCUUAAUAUUCGGCAUUUCUUUGGACCUAAGCGUGGUAUGAAAACACUGGACCUGGUCGUUCUCCGUGUUAUCCUUGCUUGCUCAUCGAAUUGCAACAACUUGACCCCGCCACAAGCAGCUGACAGUAUUCGCCUUGCCAUUUCUAUUGCGGAUGCUAUUGAGCCAGAGCAAAAGCAGACUUGGAUAUCAGGGAACUCCUCUAAGAUUGCUAAGCUUUGUGAAAAGGUUGCUAGAGAUGGAUUGGAUCGGGAGAUCCAAAUGAUGGGGGCUGCUUUCCUACUCUGUCUUCUUCCUGCGGCACAGCUUCCUUGUCAUAUCCGGGAACUUGGGUUGCACGUUCUUGUUUCCAAGGGCAGCAGAGGGAUAAUGGGGGUUAUGCCACCCCAACUUAUUCAACGAAUGGUAGAAUCUUUGGUCUUCUCUGAGAAGUCUGCUGUCUAUCAUUUACUUCGAUUUGUCUUCGAAGUUGUGCAAGAAGGUGAUCUGCCCGGUCGGAACUUACUGUCAGAUUUACACUUGGCCAGUCUGAUACUUGCUGGAUUCCAGGCGGCCCAGUCCCCAGCAUUGGUUGAUGCUCUUCUUGAGUCAAUCUCUACUAGAGACUCGAUCCUUAACCUGCUGAGCAGUUUUCCAGCCAAGCUUAAUGCAACUCAGUGCCAGGGGUUGGAAGUUUGUAUUUGUGCCAAGAUUGGAAUGCAGAAUCGGGUGCUGAUCAAUUUGUUUGAGAUUUACUUUUCUGCGGCUCUCGCAAGGGGUGGUAACCAAAAAGAGAUUCUUAUCAUGAAGUCUUUUAUUAACCACUCUGAAAAGUCACUUAUGGGCGAAGGCUGCUCCUUGUCGACGUCCCAUCUGAAAGAUUUCCGAUACUCGGUCUCCCUGCGCAAACAACAAGACUUUUCAAGUACAGAUUAUCCAAACCGGGACUGGCGAUCUGGUGUCACUGACACACUGAUGCAAAAUGCUCAAAAUACCCAAGAUAACGUGUCGAAGAAGAUUGAAGAUGUUUGCGUCGAUUUAGAACGUCGCUGUUACGAGGUCGAAGGUCCCUUGCGCCUUGCUGAGGAAGAGCGCGACCGGCAGAUUCUUGAAUCCGAGCAGCUCAAACGUCAGAAUAAGGAUUUGGAAAAGCAACUGGAGAAUUCAGCCAGCGGUAUCUCAGAUCUUCAGCAAAACUUAGCUCGUCUAGAGGAAUAUGCCGCAAAGGCCUGUGCGAAUGUCGAAGAGCUGUCUGUUGCCCUUGAAUCGGCACGGCAAGAACUCGAAGAACAACGACGCCUUUCCGCGCAAACCAUUCAUCUGGAGCAAGAGAAGGCUCGGGAUCGAGAGCUGGACUUGCUUGCCACAUCCACUGCGAAAGACGAUCAACUUGAGGAGCAGCAGGAAAAGCUGGAUUGCCUCCAGUCUGAGAAUCAGCAAAUGCUGCAAGCGCUAGAAAGUUAUUCCACCGAGCAGGUUACCUCAAAUGAGAAAUUUACUUCUUUACUGGCUGAGCUUUCACAAACCAAAGACAUGUUUGAAGCAAACAAGGUCCUUUGCUCUGAGAAAGAGGAUGAGAUCCAGCGCCUUUUGGUGGAGAGCGAGCAUGCACAGAUGGAGAUGGAAAACAUGAAAGCUAUGAUUAAUGACCAGGGGGUAGAAGCUAAGAAGCUGUACAUCGCACUGCAAGAAAGUGGAGAGAAUUCGCGGCUUGAAAUGGAAGGCACGAAACAAGCAUAUGAAACAAAGAUCUUGGAAGCCACAUCAGAGAUUCAAGCCCAGAAAGAGGAGAUCGGCCGUCUGCACACAGCAAUACAGCUUGCUGCCCAAGACGCCUCUAAAGACCAUCACUCACAAGAGAAACGCAUUCACGCGUUGGAGAAGAAGAUUCAAUCUCUUCGAGAUGAACGGGCCAACAAAGCUCGCGAAUUUUCUGAGGCACAGCAGCACAUUGGCAGGCUGAUGAACGUCAUGGGAUUCACUGCCAAACCAUCGGAGCCGCCUGUCUCUACACAGGUCCAUAAACCCAGUGGAGGCAUGGAGCGGAGACAUUCAAAGAACAUGCGAGAAUCAACUUCUGAUGACUACGAGACCCAGCUGGCGGAGUCGUUUGAUGAACUUGCUUCUAAUGUUCGGGGUCCCCCCAAACGACCAAGGGCCAACCAGCGCUCAGUGAACCAAAGCACGCUACAACCACCGAAGACACCUGCUCACGGGCCCUCUAAGCAGACUGACCCUGAUUUUACUAUUCCAUCCGCUCGCCAGCCUCUUGGGCCUGGGGAUUCUAAUAGUCCCCACAGAUCGCAGUUGACCCAGGACCUUAAGCAAGGCCAACAAUCUAACGAAACCCAUCUUCAGAGUAUAAAUUUGGACAUGGAUCUGGAAUUUUCGAAAGAUUUUUUAUUCAGCAGUACAGCUUUUUCUGAUUCAAACGACUGA